CGUGGAGAGGGAAGCUUUCUCCUGGACGGGUGUCAUGUUUCAGUGAUCGGCGGGAAGGCGAGCGGUCCUGCCAACGCGUUCAAACGCCAUUCAAGGGUGGACAGCGCGGCAGACGGACUGAUCAACAGCCUCCAUCAGCACCACCCUCCUCACUCUCUCUCUCUCUCUCUCUCUCUCUCUCUCUCUCUCUCUCUCUCUCUCUCUCUCUCUCUCUCUCUCUCUCUCUCUCUGAGACUGAGCUGUGGUCCACGCAUCGCGUCCGCGUUCUUCUCGGCAUGUAAGGUUUCACGAGGAGUGAUUUGGGCUGCUCUGACGUCUGCAUCAGAUAUACCAGCGGCGGGGCUCCACCGUGCAUCUCCCCUCAGCGGCUGUGAUCUACAUCAUCAUCAGCGGCACACGGCGACACUCAACAAGGGGAAGGAAGAUUUCUUUUUUUCUUUUUAAAAAGAUCCACCCCCACCUCUUCUGCAUCCUUCCUCCUCUCUCCGGUUCUUUCUUUCAUCCUCCAGCGACGUCCAGCCGAUCCAGACGUGUCUCCCGGUGAGAGAGUAGAGCCGUCCCCCCGUGGAUCCUCCCGUCGGUCCUCAGCGGAACCAUGUACCCUCCGCGCGCCUGGACCCGGGUCCACCACCGGAUCUGAGCGCGAGAAGCCGUUUGGGGCUUCGCUGCUCGUUUUCGAUUCCCGCCAGACUCUCAUCACCAUUCCGAGGGACAUUCCUACUUGUCAACACUUUUUUUUUUCCACGGGGAAGUGUUGCGUGCAGGUUGGUCGGAGCAAGAUGUCCGAUCUUCUGGUGCUGGUCGAGGGUCUGUGUGACCUGUUCGGGUUCCCAUAGCUCAGCAGGGGGCAGCUCAACGCUCACCGCUCACCGCUCCACUCCGCUCCUCUCCUCUCUAAUGAAGUCAUUGCAUGCGUAGAUGUAGGGCUGCUGGUUCCAUUCUUUAGAAAGGCGAUUCGUUUGGAUUGCCCGUUUUUUUUUUUUACUUUACACAUUUUUUGGGGGCGGCGGAGGACCACUUGGAUUAUUGACACUAUAUGAUUUGUGGAAAUGUUGGGUCGUCAAGGAGACAAAUUAUGUGGAAUUUUCUCUGCUUUGGCGGCUUUGUGCUUCGUUUGCUUCGUUCCAAGCACCUCCACUGGAAACACAGGAAUGUCUGUUGCCAAGACAACCGUGGACAAACUGCUGAAGGGAUAUGACAUCCGUCUCAGGCCUGAUUUCGGAGGUCUUCCAGUGAUCGUAGGAAUGAGCAUCAACAUCGCCAGCAUCGACUCGAUAUCCGAAGUCAACAUGGACUACACCAUCACCAUGUAUUUCCAGCAGAGCUGGCGGGACAAGCGGCUGGCGUACAACGAGAUGAGCCUGAACCUGACGCUGGACAACCGCGUGGCCGACCAGCUCUGGCUGCCCGACACCUACUUCCUGAACGACAAGAAGUCCUUCCUGCACGGCGUCACCGUUAAGAACCGGAUGAUCCGCCUGCACCCGGACGGAACCGUGCUGUACGGGCUGAGGAUCACCACCACGGCCGCCUGUAUGAUGGACCUGCGGCGCUACCCGCUGGACGAGCAGAACUGCACCCUGGAGAUCGAGAGCUACGGCUACACCACGGACGACAUCGUGUUCUUCUGGCAGGGCGGAGACAGCGCAGUGACCGGCGUGGACAAGCUGGAGCUGCCCCAGUUCUCCAUCGUGGCGCUGCGGCUGGUGUCCAGGGAGGUGCGCUUCACCACAGGCUCCUACCCCCGCCUGUCGCUCAGCUUCAGGAUCAAGAGGAACAUCGGAUACUUCAUCCUGCAGACGUACAUGCCCUCCAUCCUGAUCACCAUCCUGUCCUGGGUCUCCUUCUGGAUCAACUACGACGCUUCGGCCGCCCGCGUGGCCUUGGGCGUAACCACGGUGCUCACCAUGACGACCAUCAACACCCACCUGCGGGAGACGCUCCCCAAGAUCCCGUACGUGAAGGCCAUCGACGUCUACCUCAUGGGCUGCUUCGUCUUCGUGUUCCUGGCGCUGUUGGAGUACGCCUUCGUCAACUACGUCUUCUUCGGUCGCGGGCCGCAGCAGCAGAAGAAGAUCAACGAGAGAAUCAACAAGGUCAACAACGAGCGCCCGCGAUACGAGGAGAAGAGACUACGAGAACAGGUGGACGCCUACGGUAACAUCCUGCUCACCACGCUGGAGAUGAACAACGAGGUGAUGCCGUCGGACGGCGGCGGCGGCAGCGUCAGCGACUCGCUCAACUCGGUCAUGUCCUUCGACAGCUCCAGCGUCCAGUUCAGGAAGCCCAUGACGCAGCGCGACGGCUUCGGCCACCACUCGCUGGACCGCGGCGCCAUGCGAAGCCGCGCCAACUGCCGGCUGCGGCGGCGCUCGUCCAAGCUCAAGCUGAAGAUCCCCAACCUGGCGGACGUCAGCACCAUCGACAAGUGGUCGCGCGUCAUCUUCCCCAUCACCUUCGGCUUCUUCAACCUCAUCUACUGGCUGUACUACGUGAACUGA